AUGUCCGGAAGAGGCAAAGGCGGUAAAGGACUCGGAAAAGGAGGCGCUAAGCGUCAUCGUAAGGUUCUGCGUGAUAACAUCCAGGGUAUCACCAAACCCGCCAUCCGUCGUCUCGCUCGCCGUGGUGGUGUCAAGCGUAUCUCCGGUCUGAUCUACGAAGAGACCCGCGGUGUGUUGAAGGUGUUUCUGGAGAAUGUUAUCCGUGACGCCGUCACCUACACCGAGCACGCCAAGAGAAAGACCGUCACCGCUAUGGAUGUCGUGUACGUGCUGAAGAGACAGGGACGCACACUGUACGGUUUCGGAGGUUAA